GCACUCCAGCGCAAAGACUUCACUUCCUCAGUCAGGUAGGUUGUGUUGUAGACUUCCGACACAACACAGCAUUUCAAAUCACGUCUAUCGUUAUAAUGUUUAGUCUUUCUUACUCAUACAAAAAACUCCGUUAACUUAACCGGAAACUUUUGGAACAUGGCUUGCGCCGACUCGAAAGUUGACUUGGAGAAGAUUCCUCUCGUUGCGCUAAACAUGAGCGUGAGGAAAAAGCUGGGACUUUAUCUGAACCCCAAGCACACGGUAGCAGCGGACUGGAUGGCGCUCGCAGAGGCCAUGGGCUUCAACUACCUGGAAAUAAAGAACUACGAAGUGUCCAAAAACCCAACCUGUACGGUUCUGGAGGACUGGCAGGCCCGGAGCACAGACACGUCAGUGGGGAAGUUGUUGUCAAUGCUCUCGGAGCUGGACAGAGAAGACAUCGUGGAGGAUCUGCGACCACUGAUAAAUGAGGAUGUCCGGAAGUACUGUGAGAAUCUUAAAAAGAAAGCUGAACCCCCGCUCCAGGUUCCUGAGGUCGACAGCUGUGUCCCUCGCACCCCUGAGAGGUCUGGGAUCACUGUGGAUGAUGACCCUGAAGGGGUUCCCGAGAUGUUUGAUGCCUUCAUCUGCUACUGCCAGAGCGACUUUGCGUUCGUCCACGAAAUGAUCCGUGAGCUGGAGCAGACGGACUACAAGCUGAAACUGUGUGUGUUCGACAGAGACGUCCUCCCGGGCUCCUGCGUGUGGACCAUCACUAGUGAACUCAUCGAGAAGAGGUGUAAACGGAUGGUGGUGGUGAUUUCUGAUGAAUAUCUCAACAGCGAUGCCUGUGACUUUCAGACCAAGUUUGCUCUCAGCCUUUGUCCUGGAGCUCGAAGUAAACGCCUGAUUCCAGUGAUCUACAAGCCGAUGACAAAGCCCUUCCCCAGCAUUUUACGCUUCCUCACCAUUUGUGACUACACCCGGCCUUGCACGCAGGCCUGGUUCUGGACUCGGCUUGCCAAAGCUCUGUCGCUGCCAUAACUGUGGAGCAGGUGGUUAAUCAUAUUUCAAAGUGCCUUUUUGUUAUUCCAUUAAAAGAUUAUGUUGGACAGUGGCCAAAUGCAACAUUGGAGGAAUCUCAUGAUUACACUGUAUGUAUAUAUUUUACUGCUUCAAAUUGCACUUCCUUUGGAGACGAUACAGAUUCCUGCACACUGUCAUUAUGAAAGUGAGACUGCACAGUAGCAACAAAGUUCUCAGUGCACAGAGUCAUUAUCAUAUUAUGAGAUUUCCACUUCUAACAGGGGUUUUGUGUGGCCCUAUUUUGUGUUUUAUGUGUGUUGCAUUGAAAAGAAGGGUACAUUCUUUUGCCACUUCCUCUUUUGAGCAAACUUGUUCAUGAAAUUGAAGCUUAAAGAGGAAGAACUGUUUUGGCUCUGAUACUUUCACAAGUUCAGUUCUACUGACAGCUGACACCUGCCUUUUUGUGCAGCAAUUCUGUUACUGUGGGAUCUCUACUUUUGAGUUUGUGUUUUUAAAAUGCUCUUUUUAGACCAAUUAAAAUAAUGUUGUUGUUUUUUUUUAAAUAAACGAAUAAAGUUAACGUGGUGUAUUA